UAAAAAUAAGGAAAAAAAAUAAAGAAGGGAAGCUAUGGAAGCUCUUCCUUUUUUAUCACUACAAUCACUUCCUCAUUGUCUUUAUCCCUUACCACAAGAUGUCCCUUGAAACCUAAAAACAAUUUGCUGUGUUUUGGAAGGUUAGGUAGCACAACUAAGCACAUUUUAAACUUUUUGUUUGAAUUACACUAACUAUUAAAAAUAAUUCAGAUUACAGUAAUCUUGAUAUGUUUAUCUCCCUAAAUAAUGUUGAUGAAAUGCCCUAAAAGCAAAUUUUCAGUGAAGUAGCAAGUACAAGAAGGUUUAGAAUUGUUGUAUGAACAAAUCCCAGAUCUAAAAGAAAAUGAGCACCGAAAGGACAUACAAUAGCUCGUUCUGGACUAGGGAGGAGGAUGAAAUCUUUGAGAAUACCCUAGCGAUCUACUGUAAUGAUAAGAAUCUAUUUAUGAAGAUGAAAGAGGAACUUCUGGGGAAAUCACUUGAUGAUAUUACGGAUCACAUUAAUAUACUCAUUGAAGAUAUAGAUGCCAUCGAGUCAGAACAUGUUCUGCUACCUAAUUAUCCAGAAAUGCAAAGUGAUGCCAACCAGAAUUUGAAACCAGAUGUCGAAUGGCGAAAAGGGACUCCUUGGACAGCACAGGAACACAGGCACUGUGUGAUAACAAGAACAGCAUCACAGGUGGCUAGCCAUGCCCAUAAGUUUUUCAAGCGUGUCGAAGCUAACAACAAAGGGAACAGAAGAGCAAGAACAAAAGCAAGCGUUCUCGAUAUAACUAGUGUGGAUGCUGAAGCUGCUGGAACUUCCCAAGUUCCAAACACUGUGGACAUGAUUGGACCUACUGCAGAGGAUCACAAGCAGUGGGAAACACUAGCAAUGAGAGCGUAUUGCCUGGAGAAAGCACCAAUACUGAGGAGAUGACAGCAGUUGCCGGAGGAGAAUUCACUAGAAUUGGGAGUGAACUUGAAGCAUUUCUCACUCAGCCCAUGGAUGACCUGUUCACAGAUCAAAUGUUCUGAUUUGGUGGUGGAGAUGCUGUUAAUGUUGAUAUUAGUUUGGUUACAACUAGAUAGGCUGUUAAUAUUGGUAUACUGCACUUGGUUUUUGAAGACUUAUUCCAUUAUGUUACACAACAUUGCUCUUCUUUAUCUAUUUGCUAGACAGGUGGAUUUUGGUUGAAAUUUUUCAACAAGAAAACAUUAGCAUUUGUCUUCAAGUUCUUGCAAGCUCUUUGUUUUUUUUGCAAUUGUUCAAGGGACAGAGGUUGGUUUUGGUUUAAACAUAUAUUGAUUAUUGGUACAAGAGUUACC